GGAAGUGACGUUUGCGGAAGUCCGAGUGCGGUCCCCAGGGACAGGUGGGGAAGGGUCCGGGUGCCCCGUCUCUGAGCGUGGUCUGACUCAAGGGGAGCAGCCGCCGUGAGUGUGGGGCCUGGAGCCGUCGCCUCCCCCGGGCCCACUGCCCGGCCCCCGCGCGCGAGGCCGCGGCCGGCUCCCUCCCCCAGCCAGGCCCGGCGUGGCGCGGCUGCUCGCUCUCCAAAGACCCGAAGCCCUGGGAUGAUUUUGUCCCGGGUUGGCAACUUGGGCUUGAGUGGCUUCAAGGAGGAGGCCUGAGGCAGUUGUCAGGCGGCCCCUGUCCACUCGUCUCCGCUCACUCCUGCGGCUGCUUUUCUCCUCCUCCGGUCUUUCCUCCUCAGCCCUUUUCCACACCUUCCCCCAUUUUCCCGCGGAUGCUGAGCUCCGCUCUGGAGAGUGGCUCGGCCCUGCAGUUCCCGGCCCCACUCGCUGGCCUCAAGAGGAGGCUGCAUUCGCGACUCCGAGCAUCCUCUCGCGAGAGAGCUUCUUGGUAAUGAUGUGUGACCAUGGAGAUAGGAGCCUCGCUCCCGAAGAUCGGGUGAGGGCCCUCUCCCAGAUGGGUAGCUCAGUGGAGAUAAACGAAGACAUCCCACCCCGGCGGUACUUCCGCUCUGGAGUCGAGAUGAUCCGAAUGGCAUCCAUUUACUCCGAGGAAGGCAACAUUGAACAUGCCUACAUUCUCUAUAACAAGUAUAUGACGCUCUUUAUUGAGAAACUACCAAAACAUCGAGAUUACAAAUCGGCCGUCAUUCCUGAAAAGAAAGACACGUUAAAGAAAUUAAAUGAGAUUGCAUUUCCCAGAGCAGAACAGCUGAAGGCAGAGCUGUUGAAACGAUAUACCAAAGAAUACACAGAACAUAAUGAAGAAAAAAAGAAGGAAGCAGAAGAGUCUGCCCGGAACCGGGCCAUCCAGCAGGAGAUGGAAAAGGAAAGACAGAGGGUAGCACAACAGAAGAAGCAACAGUUGGAGCAGGAACAGUUCCAUGCCUUUGAGGAGAUGAUCCGGAACCAAGAACUAGAAAAAGAGCGGCUGAAAAUUGUACAGGAGUUUGGGAAGGUGGACCCUGGCCUAGGCGGCCCACUGGUGCCUGACUUGGAGAAGCCCUCCCAAGAUGUGUCCCCCAUGGCACCUGUUGCAGCCACACAGCCUUCAGACUGUAAUACAGCUGUGAAGCCUGCCAGGCCACCUGUGGUGGACCGGUCCUUGAAACCUGGAACAUUGCACAGCUCAGAAACUCCUACAAUUGAUGGGCUGCGCCACAUGGUGGUUCCCGGGAGGCUCUGCCCACAGUUCCUCCAACUAGCCAGUGCCAACACUGCACGGGGAGUAGAGACAUGUGGAAUUCUCUGUGGAAAACUGAUGAGGAAUGAAUUUACCAUCACCCACGUUCUCAUCCCCAAGCAAAGUGCUGGGUCCGAUUAUUGCAACACAGAGAACGAAGAAGAGCUUUUCCUCAUACAGGAUCAGCAAGGCCUCAUCACACUGGGCUGGAUUCAUACCAGGCUGCUUUUCAUGUUGCAUGCCAGGGUUACAUACGAACAAUUCAGCUCACUUCAGGAUUUGGGAAGAUGACUCAUACUUGUAUGUUAGAAUUUGGGAAAUACCUGGGAGGCAGUCCCAUGUGCCUCUGUCCUUUAUUCAGUUUAAGUACAUAAAUAUAUGCCUUCCAUUGUGUAUCCCCAUUGGGUAGAAAACUUUUUUCUUAUCUGCCAGGGGUUAUAGAUUUAAGUAAGAUAUGAUUCUGGUUUCAUGAAGGAAAUUAGACACAUAGACAAGUUAUAACUCUUCACAUGAGGCAGAAUGGGCCAAGUGCCUUGAGCAAAGAGAGCCCUGUCGAAUUCAGAGGAGGGAGGGAUCACUUGGUAUGAUUUACUAGAAUUUUGACAAGAUGGGCCAAAGGAGAGUUCUGUAUGGAAGGGAAGGCAUUGGAAUAGGCAGGUGGUGCCUGGAGCAUUGAGUGUUGAGUUUGCUGGAGUUUAUGGUUCAUAGCAGGAAAUGGUGGUAGAUAAGCUUUAACGUGAUACAUUGGGUAGACAAGCAGAAUAGUUCUCCUUUUUAGUAAGAAGAGACCCUUAAAGGUGUUUUUUUUUUUCUGUAUUUGUGAUUCUUUCUUCUUUUAUUAACAUAGAUGACAAAUAAUUUUAUAUUCAUUUCAGGUGUACAGUAUGAAUUUACAUCUGAGUAGAGCAAACCAUACUUUAGAAAAAUUAAAAUAAAGGCAGUUUUAAGAUAAGUUGAGGCAGAGAGAUUAUUUAAGAGAUUUGUGUGGUGAUGAAAUCUAAUUAUGAGAGCUAGGAUGAUAGCAUUGUACUUGGGUAGGAGGAGAUGAAUGUAGGAUUUCAGAGGAUGUGGGGAAUGAGUAAGAGGGUGAUGAGUAAAGGUCAGUGAUGACUUAGAGAUUUGGGGCCUGACUCGUGGGAGUGGCAGUGAUCAUCUCAUAAGCAGAAACUGGGCUCCAGGAGGAGAACUUACUUUGGAAGUGGGAUAAAUGGUGUUCAGUCUGAGCAUGUUGAAUGGAAGGCACUAGUGAGACAUUAAAUCGGUGGAGAUAGUUAUCGGGCUGGGGCUUGGGAGCAAGGCCAAGGCAGAAAGACCUGGGAACCUCUGCAUAGAGCUGAUCUUGGAAGUCUAGGAACUGGAGGAGAGUGGGGAACAAGAAAAGACUCGCUGGAAGCCUUGGGGACAGGCUACCCAGAGGGACAUAGGAAGCAGGCAGUAAUGAAGCAAAGAGGUGUCAGAGAAAGAUGAGGGUAGUGCCAAGGCACAGAAACCAAAGGAGGAGGAACGUUUUAAGAAGAAACUUCAGGCCCAGCCUGCAUGGCUCAGUGGUUGAGCAUUGACCUAUGAACCAGGAGGUCACAGUUAGAUUCCUGGCCAGGGCACAGGCCCGGGUUUUGGGCUGGAUCCCCAAUGUGGGGCGUGCAGGAAACAACCAAUCAAUGAUUCUCAUCAUUGAUGUUUCUCUCUCCCUCUCCCUUCCUCUCUGAAAUCAAUAAAAAUAUAUUAAAAAAACAACACAGAAAAAGAAGAAAUUUCAGGAUGUUAACUAUGUCACAUGCUGCAGAGAGCUCUAGAAUGAUGACCUGGAUGAGCCUGUUGGAUUUGGGGAAGUCACUGGUGACCUCAAUUUAAUUGGUUUUAGGCAGCAGUGGGAGUAGAUUAUAAAGGCUGAAGGAGUGAUGGGAAUGGAGGUUAUGCUGAUAGUGAAAUGCACACCACAUUUUUGAAGAGCCUAGUCCUAAAGGAAAGGAAAGAGAGGGGAUUCCUAGUGGCUUCAGGAGUGACCAGGUCAAGAGAAGAUUUGCUUGAUUUAUAGUUCAGUAUGAAGGACUUGAAUAUGAGUUUUGGUUUGAUUUUUUUUUUUAACCUUUACAUUUGAAAUAUAAUAUAUAUAAGAAAGUACAUAAACUAAAUUAUGAACCAUUUAACAAACAUCUAUGUACACAAACUACAAGAAAUAGAACAUUGUUCAAGAAAUAGAGCCUGGCCGGCGUAGCUCAGCAGUUAAGCAUCGACCCAUGAGCCAAAAGAUCAGGGUUCGAUUUCUGGUCAGGACACAUGCCUGGGUUUUCGGGCUAGAUCCCUAAAAGGGGCGUGCAAGAGGCAGCCAAUUGAUGAUUCUCAUCAUUGAUGUUUCUCGCUCUCCCUCUCUCUGAAAUCAAUAAAUUUUUUUUUUUUAAAGAAAUAGAACAUUGCCAGAAGCAUGCUCCCACCCCCACACCUUGUCUCCUGCCCAGUCACACGUCCUCACUCUCCUGACUUUUUUGGAAAUCCUUGUCUUUCUUUAUAGUUUUACCACCUAAAUGUGUAUUCAUAAUGAGAUAUUUAGUUUUGCCUGGUUUUGAACUUUAUAUAAAUAGAAUUAUACUAGCAUAAUAUGUGUUCUUUUGUGUCUGGCUUCUUUUGCUCAACAUUUUAAAGGUUUGUUUCCAUUCUUGUCUGUUAGUUGUCUGAUUGUGUUUUUAACACCAGUGAGCCAGUGGAGGAGAUUUUAGAGGGCAGGAAAGGAGCAAAUCAAAAGUAUGGAGGUAGGAAAGUACCAAAUCAAAACUAAACAAAGGACAUUCAUCUUCAUACGGGGGAGAAAACACUCAUUCCUCUGAGACAGAAUUGAAGGCAGAGAGAAAGAAACAGAUUUUAAACAAAUUCUCAGCCAAAGAUAUGUGUUUUUU